CCUAAAUAAAGGGUUCACAGUGAGCUGCGGGAAACAACACUUGAUCGUCCCCUCCGUUACAAUUCUUAAAUUAGGGUUCUCUUCCGGCACCUAUCUAUCGCCGCUCAGUUGCAACGCCAGUGUUUCUUUUCUAGGUUCUUAGCAUGUCGAGGACGAGGAAUCACGAUUCCAUGGAAUCUGAGGAGAGGGUAGACCUUGAUGGUGACAAUGAUCCCGAGGAGAUUCUGGAGGAGGAAGAAGUUGAGUACGAAGAAGUUGAAGAGGAGGAAGAGAUUGAAGAAGAGGUGGAAGUAGAAGUAGAAGAGGAUGAUGACGAUGAUGAUGCUGCUGCUAUGGGAGAAGAGGAAGAAGAAAAGAAAAAACAUGCUGAACUCUUAGCACUUCCUCCUCAUGGCUCAGAGGUGUAUCUUGGAGGCAUUCCUACUGAUGCUUCUGAAGGAGACUUGAAGAGAUUCUGUGAAUCCAUAGGCGAAGUUACCGAGGUUCGGAUAAUGAGGGAGAAAGAGUCUGGUGAUGGAAAGGGGUACGCGUUUGUAACAUUCAGGAACAAGGACUUAGCAUCUGAAGCUAUCGAUAAUUUAAAUAACUCUGACUUCAAGGGUAAAAGGAUAAAAUGUUCAACCACGCAAACAAAGCACCGUCUGUUUCUUGGUAAUGUUCCUAAAAAUUGGACAGAGACAGACAUAAAGAAAACAGCAAAUGGGAUUGGUCCUGGUGUUCUAAAUGUCGAACUCCCAAAGGAUCCACAAAAUAUUGGCCGUAAUCGUGGAUAUGCAUUCAUCGAGUAUUACAACCAUGCAUGUGCUGAAUACUCGAAACAGAAGAUGUCGGAUCCGAGUUUUCAGCUUGAUGAUAAUGCCCCAACUGUAAGCUGGGCUGAAUCAAGGAGUGGAGGUGGAGACUCUUCUGCUUCACAGGUCAAGGCAUUGUACAUCAAGAACUUGCCUAGAGAUAUAACACAAGAGCGCCUAAAGGCAUUGUUCGAACAUCACGGGAAAAUCUUGAAAGUUGCGAUUCCACCUGCAAAACCAGGGAAGGAAGACAGUAGAUACGGUUUUGUGCACUACGCAGAGAGGACAAGCGUCAUGAAAGCUUUGAAAAACACUGAAAGAUAUGAGAUUGAUGGUCACGUUUUGGAUUGUACACUUGCAAAGGCUCAAGCGGAUCAAAAGGGUAGUACAACAACAGCUCAGAAUAUGCAGACAUCACAGUUGCAACCAAACUAUCCUCCUCUUCUUGGUUAUGGCAUGGCACCGAGUCCCUUUGGUGCUCUUGGUGGAUUUGGCGCUUCUCCUUACACGCAACCGUUUAUGCAUGCGGGAGCUCACGCAGCUGGUGGGAUGGCGAUGAUGCCAAUCAUGUUACCCGAUGGAAGAAUAGGCUAUGUCUUACAACAGCCUGGACUAGCAGCAGUGCCACAACCACCACCAAGGCAUUCACCACCAUAUAGGGGAGGCAGCGGUUCGAGCAGCAGCAACAGCAGCAGACGAAGUAGUGACAAUGGCAGAGGAAGAAACCGUUACAAUCCUUAUUAGUAACUUCAUCGUUUCUCUAUUUGAAAAAAACUCACCCACCCAAGUCAACAAAACAAAAGGUCAACGUUAACCAAUGUGUUCUUUUUUUUUGUCCAUUUGUUUAAGACUCUUGAAGAUUUUGUAGGCGGAAAUGGGGUUUCCUUUAACUUUAAGAUUAUGUUUUGUAACAUUAUUUGUUUACUUAUGUUUUCGCCAGUUGCUUGUGUAUGAUCCAAGCCAAACGUUAUGAAUGAAAAAUCGCAUCGUCAUGGUUGUUUUAGAAGAUAAAUCGUAACG